AAUGAAUAGUAGCUCAAAAAUACGAAAGGGAUCUCGCAAUAUGAAGUAGAACAAUUAAUAUAAUCAAUAGGUACAAGAAAAUUAGUCAUGAUUAAAGAACUCAUAUAAUUAAUGAACUUACUAAAAAUGGAAAGACUUUAAAAGAAGUAAAUAUAUUAAUAAUUUAUCAUAAUAGGUAUCUGAAGAAACUUAAUUAAAACCAUCUACAGUUAAGGCUAUUCUAUAAGUCUAUUUAAAAGAAGGAAGAAUAGGAAAAAAAUCAACCAGAGAUAGAAAAGUGAAAUUACUUAAUACUACUGUAAUCGCAUUAAUAGACAAAACUAAGUAAUAUUUUAUUUUUAAUCUAAUUUUUAAUAGAAAUAGUGAAUAUGCUAUUGAAAAUUUAUAGUUCAUCCAUCCUAUGAUUAGAAUCAAUUAACAAUCAUCGGAGAUUUCUCAUAAUGGUUAAACUUUGACUGAAACUUAAUAGAAAUUAGAUUAGUAUUCAAAAUAGCUUGUGAUGAUGUAAGUAAAAGAUUUCUUAAGAGAAAAGAAAUCAGAGAUAGUUGAUUAGUUGGCUAAUCCUUUAGCAAAAUAAAAUUUCUUAAAUUAAUUAGCAUAAUUUGAAGUGAGUGAGUAAUUGCCAUUUCAAGAAUUAAAGAAAGAAUAAUUAUCUGCUGAAGAUGAAUAGUUUGUAGAGAAGAUAACAUAACAUUUAAAAUCCAAAGUAAAAAUCUGA